AGAACGAAUUGGGAAGUGGGAACACAGGGAACCGCAAGUCUCAAGCUUUGAACUGCGAAAGGUGGAAGGAAAUAUAGGAGUGCAGAAUACCGUAGGGCGAAGACGGGAAGAAAAAGCCUCCAGCGACUGUCUCCAGCCAGCGCCACACUCCCACCCUGUUAUUCCUAUUCUAAAUUUUUGAAUGAAAUUCAUCUAUUCAUUUAGAAUUUCCACACUUCCAAGAAGAUGAUGCAGGCAAUGCGCAGAUGGCAGAAAGACUCAAUUUUGAUUCUCCUGUCCACGAAAAUAGCAGCAGCCUCUGAAUCAUCUGCGACCUAUUCUGCCUUCUUCCAUUCUACUCCGAUCUGGUUGGAGAAGCGGAAGAGCAAGUGGGAGUCCGAUUUCAGAGGAAAUCAACAGCCGCCAAAGUCAAACAAAAAUGCUAUCAGGUAUGCAGUACGUCAAAAACGUGCAGACUCGAGGAAAGCUUUGAAAGAUCUGCUCUUUUAUGGGGGCUCCAUCGAUAACUAUCUUGAGGAAAAAUAUCCGGUAGAAAAUGUGAGAUGGAAUGUAGAGCAAAAUGAUGACCCUUUAGACAAGAAAUGUGAACUCAAGAGUUCAGCUCGUAGUAGGACUCGCUUGAGGAGAAGGCAGCCAUACAACGUAAACUGCCUUUUACAAAGUACUAUUUAAUCCAGAGACACAAGUUCAUGGAAAAAAAGUAAACUGAAGAAACAGUGUUUAUAUGAAGACGAUUAUGAUGAUGAACAUCCAGAGAAAAUAUUUCGAGCAACCUUUGGUGACAAAUCGUACACGUGGUCUUACAAGCCAUGGAAGGAAUUUUCAUUUGAUGGUAAAAAAACUCGAGUUCACCAUGAAGAAGAAAUGAGGGAAUGGAAUGCCAGACAGCAAAGCAAUCACUAUAGUUCAGACACCAAUCAUAGCAUUAGUGAGUCUUAUAUUGUAGGGUCAUACUCUGAACGAUCAAUUCUAGGUCUUCCUGUAAGGGGCCCUUUGAAGAUUGAGGAUGUCAAGAAUGCUUUUCGCCUCUCAGCUUUAAAGUGGCAUCCUGAUAAGCACCAAGGUCCUUCACAGGCUGCUGCAGAAGAGAAAUUCAAGUGUUGUGUUACAGCGUACAAAUCAUUGUGUGAUGCCCUCUCCCCAGCAUAACCCCCACCACCCAUUUACUCAUUUCAUCUCUGAUCCAAGGAGGCCGGUUAGCUUUAGAACAGGGAUCCAUAAGCUUGCUAAUUAUGAUUCAACAAGGUCUCGCUUUGUCAUUAUGGAUGGAGAAGUAUGGAGUGUGGUGUCAAUGAAGUCAGGGGCGUAGCUAGGAUUGAGAGACAUCGUAGCUAGGAUUGAGAGACAUCGUUGGCCUGGCCCACACCAAAUUUCAAUUUUAUUUAAAUUAGUAGGGUGAAAAAACCGUGUAAAACAUCUAAAAGAUUUUUUUUACCAGUCCAAUAUACUGCCCUUAGUCCUCGACUUGUCGCUACACCAGUGAAUGGAGUCAUUCAUCCAAGAGCUUGCCAGUUUAUACGACGUAUGAUUUAACAUUUUAUGAAAAUGAGAUGCAUGAAAUAUGAUUCAUUCAUUCAUGCAAUGUAGUUAAUUACUUAAUUAGUUACUAGUGUGGUGCUGCGGCCUCCAGCCAAGUGAAUAAGUAAUUAUGUGGAGUAUUGAAUAUUUUUUAUUGUUUGAAUAAGAGUGC